UUGUAUCGAAAAAAGCAUAUAAAUUUUAACAAGCUUGAAUUUGAGUGCCCUAAUCAAGCGUGAAAAUCAACCGAAAUGGAUCCUAUCCUAAAGACCCUUACCGAGACCAUGACCGUGGAGGCCAUCGCUAUCAUCAAGGCCAAGCGCUUGGCUAUGAAGCAGAGCGUCAAUAUGAACGCCAUGGAGAUGAGGGCCCAGGAGCGGGAGAUGCGUCGCAUGUCGGAUAACAUGCAGAAGGAACUGGGCAAGCGGGCCAUGGAGCGGGAGCGACCGUGCCGCGUUUUCGAGGAACAGCUGCUGGGCGAAAGGGAGAUGACGACUGCUCAGAAAUACCUCAAAUUGUUCAACGAUUCCAAGAUGCGUAGCUUGGACCACACGUGGUCGGAGUUAUCAGCGACAGCCAUUGAGGAAACGAUGGACAUGCCGGAAUUGCCGCCCCAGCCGGAGAUCAUGACAGAGCCGCCUAGGCGGAAGACCAGGUACAAUCGCUAUGGCCAGGAGAAAUUCCUCACGGAUCAGCAGGAGUUCGCCAUAAAUCCGCAGGGCAGCAACUUGGAGAAGGCCGCAACUUUUCUCGAAAGUCAACAAGACAAGCAGCUCAACAGGAACGAUUCUGAGAGUAAGGAAAUCAUUGAAAUACCGAAGCACGACAGCAAGGGUCGCGGCCACUCGAAGCUUUACUCACGGAUGCCCAUCAUUGUGGUUCCACCUACAAAGACCAGCAUGGUCAACCUGUACAAUAUCAAGAAACUGCUCCAGGACUUGCGCUACUUGAAUGUGGCUGAUGUGCCUGGUGAAAUUCAACUCAAGGAGGUCAUAGUCGAGCACCAAUUCCAGAACGAGACUGUGAGCUACCGGGUCAUCGACAACGUGGCGCGCCUGACCCCCGUCGAGUGGGAUCGUGUGAUCGCCGUGUUCGCCAUGGGACCACGCUGGCAAUUCAAGGAUUGGCCGAAGGGCGCUAACCCCGCCGCCAUCUUCCACAAGCUGUGCGCCUUCCAUCUGCACUUCAAGCAUACGCCGAUGUCCAAUGAGCUGCGCAAAAUGCAGGUGCACUCGCUGGCCCUCUCGCCCUACGAGCGCCACUCGGACAGCGGCAUCCUGAUGGAGUUCUGGAACAAAGUGGACCAACACAUGGCCGUCCAUGCCCGUCAGUUUGCGUUUAUCUGGCAGGAGUAGGGUGCUCGUGCUUACUUUCCCCCUGGCGCACAUACAUACAUAGAUGCCAGAUAAGCAGGGAAAUCAAUAAGUGAAAUUGAAUAAGCCAGAACAAAGGACGAAGGACAAAGACACACAACACACGCAUACACACACACACACAUGGGGCGUUGCUGCGUUAAUAAAAAGGGAGCGGAACGGGCGCAUCAGAGAAAUAUAUCACGUUUGUAUAAAAAUCAUAU